UGUAACCCGAGCACAGUGACAGCGGUACUGACUUGUUGCAAAAACACGAAUGGACCCUCACGUUGACUUUCUAUGAAGAUAUCCCUGUGCUUUCAUUUGGUGGAUCGCCAUGAAGGCCCAGGACUGGUUUAUGGUCUCCUGCUGCCUCUGUGGCCUGGGCACAAUGGCAGGUGCAGCAGAAACAGAAGCCAAGCUGAUGAAGAAACUGUUUUCUUCAUACAACGUUAAAGUCCGGCCUGCAAGAAGCCCGGAGGAAAAGGUCGUCGUAAGGAUAGGCAUGACCCUUUCAGCAUUCGUCAGCCUGAACAUGAAAGAUGAGGAGAUGAACACUGUUGUUAUUAUGAACUUGGAGUGGAACGAUUAUCGCCUCUCCUGGAACCCGAAAGACUACGGGGGAUUUGAUGUGUUGCGUAUCCCGUCUGCAAAAGUGUGGCUUCCUGAUAUUGUUCUCAUCAACAAUAAUGACGGCGUGUUCGAUGUAGCUCUACAGGUCCACGUGCAGGCCUACAGUAAUGGCCGUGUGACGUGGACUCCACCGGCUCUUUUCAGGAGUAUUUGCGGAGUAAAGGUGACAUACUUCCCUUUUGACUGGCAAAAUUGCACCAUGGUUUUCCGUUCUUAUACUUAUGAUUCCUCAGAAGUGGAUCUGCAGCCUGGCCUUGAUAAGAAGGGAAAUGAAAUCCGAGAGAUAGUCUUGGACACAGGCUUCAGCGAGAGUGGGGAAUGGCACAUUCGGCAUAAGGUUUCUCAGAAGAAUAUUCGAGAGGACCUGUACGAGGACAUCACCUUCUACCUGAUCAUCGAGAGGAAGCCCAUGUACUACGUGUUUAACAUCGUCCUGCCCUGUAUCCUCAUCACCAUCAUUGCCAUCUUUAACUUCUACUUGCCUCCUGAUGCAGGGGAGAAGAUGGGUCUUUCGAUCAACGUACUGCUGACUUUAACUGUCUUCCUGCUUCUGCUGGCCAACAAGGUUCCCGAAACAUCUCUGGGUGUUCCCAUUAUCGUCAACUACCUGAUGUUCACCAUGAUCCUGGUCACCUGCUCCGUCAUCCUCAGUGUCGUGGUGCUCAACCUUCACCAUCGUUCGCCCAACACACACCAGAUGCCUCUCUGGGUGCGCAAGAUCUUCAUCCACUUGUUGCCUCCAUACCUGGGGAUGCUGCGACCUAAAGUGGAAACGCCUCUGUUUCUCGAGAAGCCUUCCAAAAAGGAGAACAUCCAAGCCAUCAGCCGAGUGGCAGACGAGUACUUCAUCCGCAAGCCCAAUAACACCAACUUCCUCUUCCCCAAACCCCACAGGUUCCAGCCCGAUGGUCAAUGCACUGACCUGAGGAAGUUCAUCGACGGCCCGAGUCAUUUCCUCUGUCUCCCUCCGGAGCUCAAGGCGGCCGUGGACGCCAUCACUUACAUCGCGGAGCAACUGCAGGCCGAGAAAGACUACGUGGCUUUGAAGGAGGACUGGCAGUUUGUUGCCAUGGUGGUUGAUCGACUCUUUCUCUGGAUCUUUGUGGUUUUUACCACCGUCGGGACGCUGGGCAUCUUCACUUAUGCCAGCUUCAAUGCCACUCCCACUGACCCCUUCCCCUAAACCUGACAGCUCACAAACAUUGGCAUGUGAUGUGUUAGACACUGUUCAGUGUGUAUUUAUGGUCUUUUACUACUACACAAAGAGCACAGCGAUUCAUUCACAUUAUAUUUCAAAAUUUCUGUAUAGAGGAGCGCUUCCAGGACUCAAAAUGUUUGAAAUGGGAUAAUCAUAUUUAGCCAAAAUUCAGGAAACUUUUUAGAAAGGCUUUUGAUUUUUCGCUACAUGAUAUUUCCAUUAAGACAAUGGAUGGAUGCAUCAAAACAGCUUUAUUAUUGCCGAGUUUAGUUGAAUUUUAAACAAUUAGGUCUGUGAAUCGAAUACAAUAAUCUAUGGAUUACUGGAAAUAAUUAUUUUAAAGAAUUACAGGGAUGCUUAAAAAAUUAAUGAACCGUGACUCUAAAGACAUCAUAAUGUUACAAAGGAUUUCUGUCUGAUAAAUGCUAUUUUAAACUAUAUAUUCAUCAAAGAAUCCUGAUAAAAGCGAUCUUGGGUUCCAGCACAACUGUUUUCAGCAUUGAUGAUAAUCAGAAAUGUUUCUCGAGCGUAGACUGAUUUCUGAAGGGUCAUGUGACUCUGAAGACUGGAGUUAUGAUGCUGGAAAUCACAGGAAUUAGUUAUAUUUUUAAAUAUAUUCAAAUAGAAAUCAUUAAGUGUGAUAAUAUUUCUCAAUAUUUCUGUUUCUCAAACUUUAUCGUAUUUUUGAUCAAAUAAAUGAUACUACUUUUUACAGAAAUAAAGCUGUCACUGCGACGGCAUCAAAUGAUACUAAUAAGCACAAGAUACUAAUAUGUAUACUUUAUAGCAAUAUCAUGUGUGUUUAAGAGAGUAAAAUGCACCCUUCAGGGGUAAACCUGGUGCAGAGGGUUGCCUUUAGAAAGGGUGCCGCCCCAGUGACGGCUUUUGGACCUUUUUUUCUGGGAGUGUAGUCUACAUACAUUUAUGCCUGGUGUGCAAGAAGUGUGUGAAGGCUGUUCUAGUCAUGAUGUUUUUAUGUGAUGAAUAAAGAGCAAAGGUGUUCAGGAAA